AUGGUUAGGAACAACUUGGUGAGCUUCCGAAGGCGGGAGGAAAAACCAGCGCAGGGUGAUGAUGUCUCAAGCACCAAGCCAGCCAGUAAGGUGUAUAACAGUAUUUUGGAGUUAGUCGGCAACACGCCUCUGGUGAAACUGAACAGGUUGCCAAUAGAACAUGGAGUUAAAUGUGAAGUUUACGUGAAAUGUGAGUUCAUGAACCCAGGAGGUUCUACCAAGGACAGGAUUGUACUAGCAAUGAUGAAUGAUGCACGGAAUGAUGGAGUUGUGCAUGAUAAAACAGAGUUUGUAGAGGCCACCUCAGGAAACACAGGCAUCGGACUUGCAUUGAAUGCUACUUUGAUGGGAAAUAAAUGUACUAUUGUAACACAAGAUAAAAACUCUUCGGAAAAAGUAAACACGAUGCGUUUAUUGGGAGCUGAAGUGAUUCAGACUAAGAAUGGGGCCCUUGAGACCGCCAUCGCUCGUCGAUUGAAGGAUGAUAACCCUGACACUGUUGUGAUACUUAACCAAUUCGACAACGAAAUUAAUCCGAGAGCUCACUAUGAGAACACAGGAGAAGAGAUAGUGGCGGCUCUAGGGAAGGUGGACUUCGUGGUAUUAGGGGCUGGCAGUGGAGGCACUUUGUCUGGUGUGGGCAGCAGGCUCAAGGAAAAUAACCCAGACUGCAAGCUGGUUGCAGCUGAACCCGACGGUUCUAUCAUGAUCAACAAGGACGGAAAUCCCCAUCCGUUUUUGGUUGAAGGUAUAGGAGGAUCCGAGGCGUCAAUUGUUUUAGACAAAUCCCUGGUUGAUCACGUUGAGGUAGUUACUGACAAAGAAUCAUUCUUGAUGGCCAGGGAGCUGGCCAAAAAGGAGGGAUUGUUGUGUGGUGGUAGUAGCGGAGCGGCCGUGUGUGCGGCAUUCAAGGCUGUGAAAUCACUGAGCAUUGGCCCCGGUAAACGCGUCGUGGUCAUCCUGCCCGAUGGUAUCAGGAACUACAUGACCAAGUUCGUCAGCGACCAGUGGAUGGAAGCACACCGGUUCCUGGAGCCUCCUCAACAUACAAUGAAAUGGUGGACAAAACCCAUCAGUGAUUUGAACCUGUCCCGUGAAUAUCCCAAGAUGCCAUCAAACAGCACGUGUCAUCAGGUUCUCGAUGCUAUGAACGCGACCAACGCCAACAUUGCAGUCAUUGUGGAUGAUAACGGACAUUACGUGGGAGCUGUGUCCAAAAACAAUCUUCGGAAUAGAGCGACGAACCCCACCAAGUUACCUGGUCAGGUGUCUGAGGAGUAUGACUUCCAGGACGUGGUGACUGACCAUCUAGACAAGCACGUCUUCACCCUAGCAGAUAACGCUGUGCCUGAGAACACUACCAUCGGACUUCUGUCCCGUGUUUUGGACAUCACUCCGUACGUGAUCAUCGUGACAAAAGAUACCGAUAAUAGUGCAUUCUGCACCCCGACCAAUGUGGUGACUGGUGAUGAUGUCCUUGACUACAUUUUCGAAUCUCACAAAAACAAUUAA